AUGGUUGAACGUAAAGGUACCAAAGCUUUAGAAUUAUGGUGCAAACGGGUACUAGAAGGGUAUCCCGGUAUCAAGAUUGAAAAUAUGACCACAUCUUGGCGAGAUGGAUUGGCAUUUUGCGCACUCAUUCAUCGUUUCAGACCUGAUCUCAUAGAUUUCUCUGCGUUGAAUAAAGCGGACAUUUAUGGUAAUAACGAGCUUGCAUUCAGAACGGCUGAAAGACAUCUUGGUAUACCAGCUUUGCUAGACGCUUCCGAUAUGGUAGAAUACGAAGUGCCGGACAGGUUGUCUAUAUUGACUUAUUUGUCACAAUUCUAUCAAGUGUUCGUUUCACAAGGUCCAUCGUCGCCGACUAAACGAUCUCCUCCUAAUUCACCUAUCACCGAUAGACCACUAAUAUUACCAUCUAAUUCUCAAGCUACUACACCAAAAGAGGAAUGUUUAGAUAUAAUGGGUCAAUAUAAACCAGAAAUAUUUUGCUAG